CCGUGACUCCACCCCACCAGUAGGUGGCGGUAGCGCACUGUGCAAUCUUCGUUAAUAGGAGGAAAAAGUGCUUGUUGCUAUGUUGGCUAUGUCGCAAUGCUAGCCUAUGGUUGCUACUACUAGCUUCAGUCUGACAGGUGUUUUUCUAAACAAUGGAUCAGAAAAUUCCUUAUGAUGACUACCAGCUCCCAGUGGUAUUCCUGCCUUCUUAUGAGAACCCACCAGCAUGGAUACCGCCACAGGAGCGGAUUCAUCACCCUGACUACAACAAUGAGCUCCCCCAGUUCCUGCCUCGUACUAUUGUAUUGAAGAAACCUCCAGGAGCACAGCUGGGCUUCAACAUCCGUGGGGGCAAGGCGUCACAGUUGGGAAUCUUUAUAUCCAAGGUGGUCCCAGACUCAGAUGCCCAUAGAGCAGGGCUGCAGGAAGGAGACCAAGUGCUUUCUGUGAAUGAUGUUGAUUUUCAAGACAUCGAGCACUCAAGAGCUGUAGAGAUUCUGAAGACUGCACGAGAAAUACUGAUGAGGGUUCGCUUCUUUCCCUACAACUACCAGAGGCAGAAGGAGAGGACUGUACAUUAGGUGGCAGCAAAGAGAAAGAGAGUGUUGGACAGCUGCGUCACUGCACGUCAUUCCCCUCCUCCUACAGACUCUGGCCUCCAUUCUGUCUCAGCUUCAAGAUGACUGAUGUAUGACUAACAGCCUCAUCCAAAGUCCUCCAUGUAAGGACAGUAGAUACUCUGUUUUAUACUCGCCUUCCUCUCACACCCAGAUAUCUGUCUACUCCCAAAUCUACUCUGAUGAAUCCUGCUGUAUCAGGAUGUAUUCACAGGAAGUGAAGGAAGUUGUAUUAUAAACAGAAGCUCAACAGACAUUUCACAUUAUUAAU